AUGACCGUCGCGUUCUGCACACGGCUCGGGAUACGCAAGGCGCUGGCCAAUCCAGCGCCAAUAUUGCCUCUGAAAAGGCAUUACGCAUUCAGCGCUCUAUCAAGGGUUUCUCCGGCAGUGGUGUCAGGACAAUUCUUCAGCUCGCGUGUGUGCGCUCGGAGGACCAUCUUCUCCCCAUCUCUGUCCACUGCUUCUGGUUCUGGGAGUUUUACAAGCUGGAAGGCUUAUAUCCUCCGUGCAACGCACCGAGACUAUCGUCCUGCCUCCUUCGAAGAGAGACUACGUUCCAGCCGAGGUGGCGGUGGCGGGUCGGGUGGCCCGGGGUUCUUCAACCGCAUACCGUCCCAAGUCAUCUUCUGGAGCAUCAUCGCCGCCAACGGCGUGGUCUUCGUAGGAUGGCAAUACGCCAAGGCCCAAUUUGAAACAGGUCGCAAUACCGGCCCCAUGAUCUGGAUGCUGAACAACGUUACGAGCUCCUGGAAUAACAUAAACAGCGGGCGAAUUUGGACACCUCUCACCUCGUGUUUCUCCCAUUCCGACUUGGCCCAUAUCUUCGUAAAUGGCUUCUCCUUCUUCUUCAUGGCACCCACAGUCCUUAGCCUGCUGGGCAACGCUCGGUUUAUCGGCCUGUACUUCGGAGGCGGCAUCAUAUCCAGCGCUGUCUCUUUGGCAUGGAGCGCCAAGGCUGGACGCGACCGGCCCUCGCAGGGCGCCAGCGGCGCGAUCUAUUCCAUCGUAUCCUACUUCGCGUGCAACUUUCCCCGCGCGUCGUUCCUCAUCUUCGGGAUCAUACCGUGCCCCGCGUGGCUGUGCGUGACCGGGUUUUUGGCUUACGAUUCGUGGUCUAUGGUCAACAAUCCGAACAGCAGGACAGACAGUGCUGGACACGUGGGAGGUUUGUUGGCAGGCAUCGCGUAUGCUAUCUUGCGUCGAGGUCGGUUGUGAGCGAUCGAUGUAUGUUACGGUACAGACAUCAGUAUUCGAUUAUCAUCAUUC